UGAACACGUUGCUUUUUUCAACCCAGAUACGGCAAAUGUAACCGAGAGACUGGGUCAUUUGAGGAGAGUGAAGUUGUGACAACGAUCGUUGUUCAAUAGCCAGCUUGUUACGCCUUCGACAUCAUGCCCGCUUCCCGACCCCCCAGCCGCGACGACUUCGAAGUUGCGAUCAUCUGCGCCCUGCCGCUCGAAUACAACGCCGCGUUCCUCAUCUUCGACCAGCUCUGGGAUAAGGAUGGCGAUCAGUACGGAAGGGCACCGGGAGACCACAACAGCUACAAGACGGGCCGUGUGGGCAAAUAUAACGUUGUUCUGGCGCUUCUGCCCCAUAUGGGAAAAGUAACCGCAGCCAGCGCCGCAGCUAGUAUGCGAUCAAGCUAUGGCAGCUUGCGGCUGGCUCUUCUGGUUGGAGUCUGUGGCGGUAUGCCUCGCAGCGAAGGCGGCGAUAUCCUACUGGGCGAUGUGAUCAUUAGCAAGAUGGUCGUUCAGUACGAUCUCGGUAGACUGUACCCGGACAAGUUUGUUCGCAAGGAUACUGUCAGUGACAAUCUGGGCCGGCCGAAUACAGACAUCCGCAGCUUGCUCGCCACAUUCGAAACCGACCCUGGAAUCGAUCAGCUCGAAGAUCAAACCGCUCAUUUCUUACAGGAGCUGCAAGACAAGGUAGCCCAAACAAAGCGACAGGGUAAGUACAACUAUCCCGGGACAGCGCAAGACAAGCUCUACGAGUCGACCUACCGCCACAAGCACCAUGGAUCGCCGACUUGCCUCUGUAAUAGCUGCCUCAGCGACUCAGAUCCUGUUUGUGAGGCGGCGCUUAGCUCAUCCUGCGACGAUCUCGGGUGCGACGAUGGGCAUCUUGUCAAGAGAAAUAGGCUCCAGUCGAAGCAUCAGUUGGAACUUAAGGGGAGUAAAGAGGCUCAACAACCCGGUGUGCAUGUAGGGGCUGUUGCGUCGGGAGACAUGGUGAUAAAGUCGGCAGCUCAUCGAGAUAGGAUUGCUAAAGAAUCCGAGGUCAUUGCAUUCGAGAUGGAAGGCGCCGGAGUCUGGGACGAAGUGCCCUGCAUAGUGAUCAAGGGCGUUUGCGACUAUGCGGAUAGCCAUAAGUACAAAGGAUGGCAGAACUUUGCGGCAGCGACGGCAGCUUCAGCGUCUAAGGCAAUUCUCGGAUGCUAUAUCCAAACCGACAAAGUGACAAAAGUCUCUGGUGAGAGUCAAGCCGAGAGCAGCCAUGACGCUUCUACUGCCGGAACAGCUCACCGAGACAGCGCGACACCAGGCUCGUCUAGCACCGUCUUUCACGGCCCUGUCUCAGGCCAUUACGUGUUCCCCGGAGCCCAGGCAACGACGGGAGCAACAGUCAAUUACAAUUUCGGGGCUGAAAAGUAAGGGAACUCACUGAUAUUGUCAGGUACUAAGAUACUAGGAUGGAACAUGAUGUAGAACAAGGCUUUAUUAAAUCCCCAAAUAUUAUAGUUU